AUGCCGUUGGUGAAGAUCUUUUCCAAGCAGCCUUUGAAGGUGGCGGCGAGUCAGCUGCACGUGGCCUUGGCCGAGAUCUGGGGCGUUCAGGCCACUCCAGAAGUGAUGAAAGUGCUGAGCCUCAACUUCCACGAUGCCAGCGGCGGUGAAGAUGUCUACAUCGACAUCCGCGCCAAGCAGAAGCCCGAGCGGACCAACGAAGUCCUGCAAAGUUGUUGUCAGCGCACUGCCGCGCUCCUGGCUCAGCACGGCUAUUCUUCCAAAGUGCGUCUUGAGACCUACGAGCCAUCUUUGCAGUUCAGCGCGACCAGCGAGUGA